AUGUCCGGUUUAGAAAAUGUCCGUCCGAUGUUCGACCUUCGCGGUCGCAACUACAUUGUCACGGGUGGCGCACAGGGAAUCGGAUUCGCUGUUACGCGAGCGAUCUGUGAGAUGGGAGGGCGUGUGGCGGUCCUCGAUAUUCAAGAGUCUCCCGUUCCGGAGUUCAAUUCUCUUGGUGAGGCCUUCGGUAUUCAGCCCAUUUACAUCAGGGCGGAUGUACGCGACGAGACCAGCAUCCAUGAAGCUUUCAAGGAAGUCAUUGAGAAGUUCAAGACGAUCGAUGGUUUAGUCCCAGCUGCAGGAAUCGCCAUCGACAAACCUUUUAUUGAGCAGACUUGGGAUGAAUUCACAAGAAUUCAUGAGAUUAAUUUGGUCGUGAAAAAGCUUCUAGAGCAAGGUCGAGCAGGAAGUUUGGUCCUCAUUGCCUCUCAGUCUGCUCAUAUUGCUUUGCCCGGCUACAGGAUGGCGGCAUACAAUGCAUCCAAAGGAGCUGUUUUGAUGCUUUCCAAAGCUCUGGCAGUGGAGCUGGGUCCGCAUAAUAUCCGCGUGAAUACGAUCUCGCCCGGGUUCGUGGAUUCGGACAUGACUCGCACCGUUCGCGAGCACAAGAGUCGGAUGCAAGGUGAACAGAUGUGGCUUGCGCCACCUAUGCGCCGCCUAAGCACGCAGAAUGAUCUGACCGGGGCUGUUAUCUAUCUGCUGAGUGAUGCAGCGAGGUUUACGACAGGCGCGGACAUUCCCAUCACAGGUGGCUUACAUGUGGGCACUAUCGAUGGUCUCAUCACCUAUGAAGACAACGCCUGA